AUCACUCAAGAAACCACCAUAUCUCGUGCUUUAUUGUCGCUGCCGUCUGAUCAUCGUACUCACUUCCUUCUUGCUUUCAGGUGCAAUCGCAGGUGUCAUCUUCUAUCGCAAUGAACAGCGAUGAUGACGAUGUUCAGGUUGAGGCGCCUGACUUGGCCGAAGAUGAUCCCAUGCGCGCCUUCUUACCUGCUUCCUUUGGGAAGAAGGCCAAAGAUGCCGACGUAGCUGCGCAAAUAAAUCGAAGCAGAAGAACACAAGCUGUAAAACCCAAGAAUCGAUCAGAAGACUCCGGCUCACGCAACUCAAAUGAAGAUGUUUCAGAUGACGAAUCCGAUACCGACACUGACGACGAUUCCGACGAUGAUGAAUACCCUACUUCACACGAAAUGGUCAUCAAGACGCACGAGCGUGCUGUCACCACUGUAUCACUGGAUCCUGCCGGUGGUCGCUUAAUAUCUGGAUCCAUUGAUUGUACCGUCAAGCUCCAUGACUUCUCGUCCAUGACUCCAACAACCAUUCGCGCCUUCAAGAGCGUCGAUCCCUUCGAGACCAAGCGAUCCACCGCUACCUCGGAAACACACCCUAUAAAUCAUGUUGAAUUCAACCCUUUGGCGGGAGGGGUCUUUCUAUGCGUAUCCGCCCAUCCUCAGGCCAAAAUUAUGUCGCGUGACGGCGAUGUCCUCACUGAAUUCGUAAAGGGCGAUAUGUAUCUACGUGAUAUGAAUCAUACCAAGGGCCACGUCUCUGAGGUGACAACGGGAGCAUGGCAUCCCACAGAUAAGAACAUCUGUGUAACCGCUGGAACAGACAGCACACUCCGUAUCUGGGACAUCAACAACAGGCGUUGCCAAAAGGAGGUUCUUGUUUUUAAAUCAAAGGCCCCGGGUACUGCAGGCAGGAGUCGCAUGACGGCCGUUGCUUGGGGUACGCCUACACAAGGAGGCAACAAUAUUCUUGUCUCGACAGCGCUCGACGGGACUCUGGUUAUGUGGAGCGGGAACGGGCCAUUCUCACGUCCAACCGCGGAAAUUAGAGAGGCGCACAAACCAAACACUUGGACUGGGGGUAUCGAUAUCAGUUCCGAUGGGCGUAUGGUAGUCACACGGGGAGGCGAUGACCUCAUCAAGUUAUGGGACACAAGGAAGUUCAAAGAGCCGCUCGUCUCUGUUGAGCAUCCAUCAACAUCCGAUGAAUAUCCUAUGACCAACAUCAAGUAUGGACCGAAUUCCACUAGCAUUAUCACGGGCUCUAGUACGGGGUAUCUCCAUAUUCUCAACCCGGGAAACUUGCGUGCUGAAUACACUACACCAAUUACAGCAGGUGUACCCGUGAUUACUGUCAACUGGCAUCCCAAAAUAAACCAGAUAGUUACAGGGUCUGCCAAUGGAGAGACGCAUGUGCUUUACAACCCCGAGAUGUCUACCAGAGGUGCGGUGGAUGUCAUGUCGCGGGCUCCCAAAAGACGUCACGUUGAUGAUAACCCGGAGUUCACCACCGACAUGUCUCUUGGAUUAUCGGCUGAUGCUAUUGUGACUCCCGGCGCUCUCCCGAGUGCACGGAGGGCCGGGCAAGCUAACGCCGGAAAGUCGAAGGACCCAAGGCGGCCACAGGUGCCGCAACAAACCCCGUUUAUGCGCAGUCAACCGGACGAAAAGCACAUCAGCGAAAACAUACCUCUCAGUCGGAUGUUACAUGAAGACCCUAGAGAAGCACUACUCAAAUAUGCGGAUGUCGCCAAGAAAGACCCCAUGUUCACAAGUGCGUGGAAGGCGACGCAACCCGUUACUCAGUAUGCGGAUGUGAGUGAUGACGAGGAGGAGGAGGGUCCGGACAAGAAGAAGAUCAAACGAUAAGUGUGCAGUCCUUCCAACAGUAGCCGACUAAAAGCGUGGCGUUUUUCUAGCAUUUGAUGAGAAGAUAUUCCUCCAACAUGAUGAGAUGGGGCUCAUGUUAGAACUCGCUUGGUGCCAAUGACUGUGUAGCGUCAAACUUGCUAUUAGGUACCUCUAUGACAGGUAAGUGAAAAACGCCUGGAGCUGUGUCGCAUUAGAUGGAUACAUUCAACAAUGAAUGGCCUUCAAGGGUUAUUGAGACUACCUACAAUCAAAUAAAUAGGUACUACUGCCUUUGACCAGUAACAGCCAGAAUGAUAAAGUGCUCAGGUAGUGAGUGCGCUGCUACCAGGUACUUAGUAGAUCUCCAUGCGCGCUACCUUGGCGAGCAAUGAGCAUCCUGUAUGAGUUGCUCUUAUAGGUAGAAUGAUCAAGUACCUAUUUAAAUACCUAGGCAGAAUACUAGCUUAACCAUUUGAAAGCCUGGCAUAUAUCAGAGCUAUACAUAGUACAGCUAGCUAAUGCUCAAAUAUUCCAAUUUUGAAGUGAUAGUGAAGACACACUGGAAGAGAUACAUAGGUACUUAUUAUGCUUUAUACUAGGUACCUACCUACUCUUAUGGCAUCCUUAAGGCAUGAGGUACCUAUGAAUCUGUACAUAGUUGGUGAGUACCUAAGUACAUAUAUGUACCUAAGUAUAUAAGCUAGAAUAGACCCAGUUUCAAUGGC